AUGGGUAUGGGGUAUCUCCGUUUUCAGUCCGCUCUAAACUCGCUGAUGAGGACCAUGGCCGCUGAUUUGAAGUCAGAACAUAUUCUUGUCGCAAUGCUUUGUCCUGGGUGGGUUAAGACUGAUAUGGGUGGAAGCGGUGCCACUCUCACGGUUGAGCAAUCCACAGGAGCAUUGGUUUCAUCAUUUUAUAAACUGACAAAAGAACAUCAUGGUGGAUUUUUCAGGCGAGAUCUGACUCCUGUUCCAUUCUGA